AUGACGAACGCAUCCGCUUUUGCCGUCUACGACGACUCCGUGAAGAAGCUGUUCGGCGCGGACCCGACGCUGGAGCUCCUGCACGAGAACCAGGACUACCCCUUCGCGCACGAGGCGGGCGUCUUCAUCGAGCGCGACAACACGCUCUUCAUCACGAGCAACCAGUUCCCCGACGACAAGGGCGGCAAGAAGAUCCAGGUAUGUCGCGUCACGCUGCCCGCGGACUUCGCGGCCGCCAAGGUCAAGUGCGAGGAGAUCGCGCCUGAGGGCGUGUACAUGGCCAACGGCGGCGUGAACUACCUCGACGGCGUCAUCUUCUGCUCGCAGGGGUCGCUGGACUCGCCGGGCGGUAUCGUCUUCAUGGAGGCGCAGCCGCCGUAUCAGACGCGGUUGCUGGUGAGCUCGUUCCACGGCCGGGAGUUCAACUCUGUCAACGAUGUGGUGGUGCACAGUGACGGGUCCAUCUGGUUCACCGACCCGAUCUAUGGGUAUGAGCAGGGCAUCAGGCCGCGGCCGAAGUUGCCGAACCAGGUGUACAGGUUUGACCCGAUCAGGGGGUCCAUUAGGGCCAUGGCAGACGGAUUCGGGAGACCGAAUGGAAUUUGCUUCAGUCCUGAUGAGAAGACUGUGUAUGUGACGGACACGGACUGGAUUCAUGGAGAUGGAACGACAGAUCUCACGAGACCUUCGACGAUAUACGCUUUUGACCUAGUGUCGUACUCUGGACAGCCAUUCUUGACCAAUAGGCGGCUGUUUGCGAUGGCUGACACUGGAAUACCGGAUGGCAUCAAGUGCGAUGUUCACGGAAAUGUGUACAGUGGCUGCGGUGAUGGUAUCAACAUUUGGUCGGCAGGGGGUGUCUUGCUGGGUAAGAUUCUCAUCCAGGGGGGCGCUGCCAACUUCUGCUUCGGCCGUAAUGGGGAGCUUUUUAUCCUCAAUGAGAACAGGCUGUGGAGGGCUAAGCUUGCCGAUGAAACAAAAGGGGCACUCCUAUGUAUCUGA